AUGACAAAUUCAUUAUCAUCAGAUUUACCAGCAACCAAUCCACCAAUUACAAGUUCAAACAAUCAUAAUAAUACCAAUGCACAAAGAAAGAAACCGCUGAAUUCGGUUGAAUCGUGUGUCACAAGAUUAUUGGUAUCUACCAAACAUUUACUUGAGAGUCUAACUCUAUGGGCAAGACAAGAGGCUGAUGAUAAGUUUGUCUCAGAUGCAUAUGUCAAAUUAGGUAAUGAUUUCAGAGCCGCUACAAGAGCUUUCAAUAAUGAUGGAAUGGAUGUGUCAGACUUGGGUGAUGUACCUCAGGCUUUAAGAGCUAUAUUGGAGACAGCAUUGAGUGAAGCACCAUCUCAGGAGAAUCUUGAUCGAUUUUUACCAAACAUUAGAAACAUUAUAGUUACUUUGUUACAAACUUUGAAAGCUAAACAGGCAAGGUUGAAAAGUCUAGCACAAGAAAGAGCUCAAGUUGAAAUUAAGGCAACAAAUCUGAUUUCUGCAUCACAAUCUUAUGUGCCUACUAAAACUUCAACAAUACCCACAAGACAGGAAGAAAUUAAUAGAGUACAUUCAGAUAGGCAACCACGCAAUUUAAAUCAUAGUGUCGAGCAAGAACAACCUACAGCCAGAUCUUCAUUGCAUACGAAGGGCAACCAUAAUAGCAAUAUAGCGAAUAAUUCACCCGCUAGUAGUAACAAUAACGUAAAUACUCCACAAAGAGAAAGAUUCUUAUCCCCAAAUAAUCAUAAUGAUCAAAACGAUGCACUUUCUCAAUUACAAAAUGGAGAUGCUCUACAACGAAGAGCAAGUAAAAGAUUCAGUGCUUAUCAAUAUGCAAAAUUAACAAACUUUUCACACCAAAAUGCUCUUAAUAAUGGUCUACCUGACACCUCCAAAUCAAAUGAACCAAUUCCACCUAUCCCCAAAACUCCAGAAAUUUCAAAAUAUAGAAGAAAAUCAACAAUCCAAAACGGGGACGCUGAUGAGAACACUGAAGAUGAAACAGAAUUUUAUGUAUUAUUGAAAAUCAACGAAAAAGUUAAAAAAUCAAUAGUUCAAAAACCUGUAACUUUAAAUGCUAUUAGAUUAUUAUUUGUUGAAAAAUUUGCAUAUUCACCAGGACUGGGAAACUUUCCAGAUAUAUAUAUUCAAGACCCUUACUCAAAACAUCUGUAUGAAUUGGAAGAACUGUUGAUAGGCGAAGUCAAGAAAGGUUCACUUAUAUCAUUAAACAACGCAGACACUCAAUCGAAAGCUGUAACAGAUUUGAACGAUAAAUUGGAGUCAGUUUUGUCUAAGAUGGAAUCAAUGAGUUCCGGAAUAGUAAAAAAUGUACAAGACUCUAUUGCAGCAAUAGAAAUUUCGUCUUUUAGGCCGGCAGAAACUAUAUCACCUGCUUCAAACAUAGCAACAACUACAAAAAAUGAACUGGUCAAAAAUGAUGUUAUCAACAAGAAAGAAUUACAAAAGCUUGAGAAUGAAAUCAGAGUUUUAAAACAGAUGAAUAACUCACAGGCUGCUUCAUACAAGAAAGCUAUACAAGAUUCCCUCAAAAAACUCCAAACUCUACAAGACAUUGGAUUAGAAACAUCUCAAGAUUCGAAUAGAUUAUAUAUGGAGUCGUGUCAUUCAAAAUUAUCAGAUGAAUCGGAUAUGUUAUUGACAAAAGUAGAUGAUUUACAAGAUAUGAUGGAAGAAAUGAGGAAAGAUGUAGCACAAAGAGGUGUCAGAGUUGGAGAGAAACAAUUAAAAAGCAUAGUUAAAGAGAUUAGUGAAGCUCGAACAUCAUUGAAUGAAAUGAAUCAAUUUAUAACUAGAGAAAAACAAGUUUGGAAAAAGAUUUGGGAAUCAGAAUUAGAUAAAGUUUGUGAAGAACAACAAUUUUUUAAUUUACAAGAUGAUUUAACUAAUGAUUUACAAGAAGAUUUAAAGAAAAUUCAAGAAACUUAUGAAUUAAUUGAACAAUGUUCAAAAGAGCAAAAUAAAAAUGGAUCAUUUGGUGUUGGAUCUACCAAGAGGAAAAAUUUCUUUUUAAAUAACAUACCUGAACCAGGAGAGAGCUUGAACAAUGUCAAAGAUGCAGUGCUAAUAGAUAUUCAGCAGUUGAAUCCAGAUCAUGAAAGUCGUGUUGAAGCUAUUGAAAGAGCCGAGAAAAUGAGAGAAAGGGAAAGACAAUUGUCUAGAUUAAAUCAAUUUCAAGAAGAAUUGGGAGAUUUCGUCGAAGAUAAUAAACUAAAAAAAUCUGGUGGAAUUGCUGAAUUGGAAAAUCAAAGAAUGGCAAGAGAUAAAGAGAAUUUAAAAAGUUCGUUUGGUAUAAUAUAA